AUGCCAUCAAAGACGAUAUUGUCGAGUCACAGGUUUAUUGAAACAAAACGAAAAGAAGAGGAGCAAGCUGUCGAAAAAAAUAAGGAAUUCGAAAGAGUUUUAGCUGCUAAUAAGAAUAAGCGCCUUAGUCCAGGGAGUUUUAUCAGUUACAAUGGCCCUAGUCUCAAUGACAACAGUUCUACACACUACGCUAAUGCUGGUCCUGUUGUUAAAUUGCCGGUGGAAACAAAAAUUGUCAUGCGAAUGGAUGCGUGCAGUAAAUGUGCACGGCCUCCAACGAAAAAACCAGAAAAAGUGAUCAUGGACAAGAUUGAUGCGCUUGAUAAGGAGACGACCGAAUUGCGUACACGUGCUCAGAAACUGGCACGACGGGAAGCUCAACGUGUAGAGCUUCUUGAAAGAGCGGAGAUGGCUUGGAAAGACCUUGAAAUGGGCUACCAGAGGCGACUCGCUGCUGCUGAGGAAAAGGAGGAAGACAUGACUAAACAUAUUCAGAAAUUGAUUCAAGAACGCAAUGGUUACAAAAAUGCCUGCACCACUUUAGCUAAACAACUGAAAGAGAAAGGAGAUAUAGCGGAAAAGGAUCGCGUUUUACUCACCACGUUCGAGAAAGAUGUGUGCAAGAAUGCUUGUGAUCGUCUGCGGCUCAGUGAAGAAGCUGCACAGCUCGAUGCAGAACUUGCCGAGCUGCAAUGUAAAAGCACGCAGCUGGACAGAGAUCUUCAGUUCAAGGAAGAACAAGUCCGAGGCAGGCUACAAAACUUGGAGAACGAAGUAGACUGUGCUCGAGCUUUGACUUAUGAGGCAGAGCGCACGAUACAUGCUGAACUUAGCGCUCUGCGGGAUCAGAUCACUGCCGUGUCCGCUCAACUCCUCCAGGAAGAUGAGGAUAACACUCUUAUAAAGGAAGAGUUGGAGCAACUACGAUCCGAGAAAAUGGGUUUAGUGGAGGACCUAGAAGGGUGUCAGGCACUAUGCAAUCAGGGUACUCAAAACAAAAUUGAUGAGUUGAAUAAAAAGCGAGAACAGUUGCGUGAACUCCAGGAGAAGGUUAUGGAGUGUCAAUGCAAGGUGCCCGUGGACGCGGCAAUCGAAGUGAAACGUACUCCUUCUCUUGUAGCACUAUGCAAGUGCAUGCCAGAAGACAAGUUUUCGGAAUCAUGUUCAUGCUCGUCGCUUCGCACCACUCUCUUGACAAAUUUGCUAUCGGACUUGUUCAGUGGGUUGCAGUCUGAACUCGGCGGUAGUUGUGCCCAAAUGCCGUGUCAGCUGUUGAAGUGUCUGGAAGAUAAACACAAUUGGGACAAGUCAAGUGUAAUCAAGACUAACCUUCAAAACUACUUCUCGAAGCUGCUUGUUGGCGAAUUAGAUAUUGCGAUAGCCACCUCAAUUGAGAAAUACCAUGCUAGGUGGGUAGGUGCAUCGUGCGCGGAUGCGGUUCGCCAGAUAACCAAAUGUUGCGGGGCCGACACCGACAGCAAUCCAGAUCGUAUCAUAGAGAAACGGGCACAGAAAUUGGCAGCGAGACUCGCUGAGAAGUUGUUCCAAGAGCGUGCAGAUCAGCUGGCCGCCAAGGCUAAAGAAGUACUGAAGACGGGGCCGCCGCCUUGCGAGUGCAGUGGUCGUUCCGGGUAUCUGUUUGUAAUAGCUGCUGUGUAUCCGUGUUUCGUGAAGCAGCCAAUAAUAGGAGGUGCUCAGUCGAAUACAAGCGGGGUAGCAACGCCAGCGUACUGGCGUCGUACACAUCAAAAUGUCACACAAUUAAGGACGCAAAUAGAAGAUCUGAAAAAGAUACCAGAUACAACAAAUGAUGAUAAAUGCAUCAUAGAUGCUCAAAAGAUAAACAACAAACAACAACAACAACAUAUUUCCAGACGUCCACAUACUGAACAGACUAACAAACGUUCGCCAGGCACAAAACUCAAUAGUAUAAAGAAAAAACAGACAGAUUCUAAUUACCAAAAGAAAACAACGAAAAACAUUACUUUGGGCUUGCAAAUGGAUAAGCAACCUAGACCAGUGAAAAAGCUAGAGCAGUCAUACGCAGUCCAUUUUUGUGUAUGUGGGACUCAAAAAGAAACAAACAAAACUCCCAAACCAGGACAUAAAGAUAUAAAUAGCUUGAAAGAACAGCGAUCAAUAAAACCAUUGAUCGAUGACAGAUUUCCAGAAAUGACUGACAUCAAGCAAAUGAAAAAAAUAAUAAGACCCUUGCAAUCAGAAAAUAUAAAAUAUUGCCGCAGUGAUGUUGCUUGCUUUCACAAACCACCUUCAAAUACUUCAAUAGAUAAUCUACUUAGCACUUUAGUUAGGUGGAAGUGUGACCUAUUUAAAUUAAGUAGUAAAACUAAUAAAAAUAAAGUGAUCGAUAAUAGUUUAGAGGAAAACAAAAGAGUUGAAGAUAUUACUAAAACAGUCGUUGAUGAAAAAUCGAUAAAAGACACUAGUAUAUUAAUGCCUCAAAAUGUAUCUGUUAAAACUUUGGUUAGUCAAGCUGAUCCAAAUUCUACAAAGAAAGUAGUAGCAAAUAUUUCGAAAGCCACUGAUGCGCAAAAAGAUUUACCAGCAACUACGAAUUCAGUAUAUAUGGGUGCUAUCAAUCUAGAAAAGAGUGACGAAAAUUUUUGCAAAUGUGUAAUUGAUGUUAAGAAUACAUCGGAGUUUCCAUAUAAUUGUAUAGAUUCCCAAUUAUGUGAUUGUAUGAAUAUUAUUCAUCAACACAAAAUUAUUUCAGAAAAUAAUAAGGUGGCCUCAGAAACCCAACAGAAAAACUCACAUUUUAAUUCAAGAAACUCUUCUAAUCAACUAACUUCUUCCAAUAUCAAAGGAAACGUAAGUAAUGCGGACAGCAAACAUAUUUCAAAGGCAUCGUUGUUAUUUCCAGAGGAUUCUCAAUAUCGUAUAACCUUUCUGGGAGCUACAUUAACAAACAAUUGUACUAAAAAAGAUAUCGUUGCAAAAGAAAACACUUGUUAUAAUGUUCAUCAUACAAUAAUUAAAAAACAUGACGCAAAAAGUAUAAAAAUCCCGGAUAAUGCAUGGUGCAAUAAGCAUAUAAAAGCAAGUGGUAACUGCAACGGAGAUGAGAUUACUUUUUCUAAUACACUGAAUUCUCCAGAAACUAAAAUAAAUUCAUGUGAUUGUAAUGUUAAAUGUGAAGAAUUUAAAAACUUCGUAAAUGACGUGUUAAGUAAACAUCAUGAAGAAAUUAAGAAGCAUGAAAACAAAGCGUUGGAUACACAUAGUUUAAAAAAUUCUAAACUGGAAAAUUGUAUAUGUUGUAAUAUCAAAGGAGAUGAGUCAAAAGAAUUAGAAGUCAAUACAUUUCAUUUAUUGGAAGAGCAUUUAAAAAAUAAACUAGAUGAAUUUAAUAGAACGACAUGUAAAUCAUCAUGCAUAUCAUCUGUUGAACAAGAAAAAUUAUUUUCUACCAUUUUGCAACGCGUGCGACAACUUAUUUCAGAUAGUACUCUAAGUAUUACUUGUAAGUGUAUUAAUGAAGGACCAUCACAGGGAAGUUGGCAUAGAGCAUACAUGUUAUUACAAGAAUAUUUGAAGAUUAAAAUAAACAAAGUGCAAUGUAUGUGUCAAUUACCUCAAGACAAUGAGCAAAUAUUUUUACCAGAUGUUUUGGAAAAGGUUUGCAAUUUAAUAGACAGUGAUUUUAAACGCUUAAAAGAUUUAUGUAAAUGUAAGUCUGAAAGACACGAGUCAGUAAAAAAUGCGGAGGUCGGUGCCCAAGAUACAAUACCUGAAAAAGAUCCUAAUAACACUAAUCUUAUUUUGUUCAACGAAAAAAAAACUUCAUGUAAAUCAAUGAUACCGUCUCAACCUGCAGCGUCACAAGUAUCUUCUAAUUUCGGAAUAACUACGAGAUCUUGUAGCACUAAUAAUAAAAAUGUAGCAGAAAACUUUACUAGCCCUUGUUCAGAUUUAGACUUUAAAAUAUACUCUACUUCAUUUUCUAAUCCUACAACUCAUGCUGAUUUUAAAAUCAAGGGAAUUUUGAAUAAUAAGUACAAAAAUUAUACGAAAGAAAAUGCACUCCAAGAUCAUGUAAAUCUACAUACAAAAAUUUCCACAGAAAAACCCAUUGGAAAUAAAAACCUUGAUUAUGAUGUAAAUUUUUGUGCAACGCAGUCCCCGUACAUAGGUUAUACAGUAGAUUGUUCGUGUAAUAAAACUCUAGGGACUUGUUCUUGUUCUAAGUCGGUAGUAUUGAAAAACACCGAGAAUAUAAAAAAUAUUUGGACUAAAUUAACAAGUAAGAAAAUCAAUCAUAAAGAUCACUCAUAUAUAAUGAACGCUAUACCUAUCAAAACUGAAGAAAUAGACGAAUCGACAGAAAGAAAUGAAACUGAUCUCAAAAUACCAACUGAAAAAUCAUUAUGUGAUGCAAAAAUAAACGUACAUUACAGUGAAGAUAUAACUCUAAAAAUUUCCAAUGGAAAAUUAACCAAAAUUUAUGUACCAAGUACUACAACUACCACAUCUGAUGACUAUGUAAGUCUUUUAGCAGAAGAACCAAUAGAUUGGCGUGACUGUAACAGUACAAACACGAAUUCUCAUAAAGUAAUUAAUCCCAGUGAUAACAAGUGGACUAAUUCCCUGUAUUAUCCCAUUCACACUUCAAAAAGUCAUAAAAAAAAUAAAACCAAUGAAAAAUUUGAUCAAGUCAAUUUAUCUUCUUCAUUGUCUUCAAAUUGUGAUUGCAACAUGGUCCCGUUAUGUCACGUAAAAAUGUUAGUGGAAAAUAUUGAGAAGAAAAUUAUCAACUCGAAGUGUACUUGUGAUUCUCUAUGUUCUAAAAUAUGUCCCGAGCAUUCAAAAAGAAACAUCUAA